CACGUCAAGAAAAACAAAAACACUGCAUUUAUUAAUUUUUGCACACAGUUUUGGAGAACUUGAGCUUGAAUUGAGGUCAUUACUGACUUUCUAGGUUGGGCGUUUCAAGAUUCAAUGAUGGACUUCUCAAAGUUUUUGGAUGCUAACUUUGAUGUGAAGGACUGGGUGAAUGCUGCAUUUAAGGCACAGAAGGACUCCCCAGAACAGAAAGAUGCCCAUGCUGCAACGCUAGUCAUGAAGUUACAGCUUUUCAUUCAGGAAGUGAAUAACUCUUUGGAGGAGACGAGUCAGCAAGCAUUACAGAACUUACCUCGUGUUCUCAGAGAUGUGGAGGCUGUAAGACAAGAAGCAGGAUUCCUCAAAGAUCAGAUGCAACUUGUCAAGGAGGACAUAAAAAAGGUAGAGGAGGACACAUCAGAGUCAAUGAAGAUGCUGUUGGAGAUUGAUACCAUCAAGUCAAGAAUGAAGGCCGCAUCAGAUGCACUCCAGGAAGCAGAUAACUGGACCACCUUGAUGGCUGAUGUGGAUGAAGUCUUUGCUAGUAAGGAUGUUCAGUUGAUUGCAGACAAACUACUGGCAAUGCAACACAGUCUGAGUAUGUUAGCUCACUGUGGAGAUUAUGAUGAGAGAUGUCAGAGUCUGGAGGUUUUGAAGAAUCGUCUAGAAGCUCUUCUGAGUCCUCAGCUUGUUAGUGCAUUCAACUCACAUUCACUGGAGGCUGCCCAGAGAUAUGUGAAAAUAUUCAAAGAUAUGGACAGAUUGUCACAGCUUAGGAAUUACUACUACAAAUGUCACAAGAGUUCCUUAUUACUUCAGUGGCAGCAACUACAGGAAACUAACAGAGAAAAGGUCCUAGCAGAGUGGUUACCAUCAUUCUAUGAAACAUUGCUUACAACAUGGCACAGAGAGGUUCAGUGGUGUGAUCAGGUCUUCCCUGAUGCUGUUCCUAUGGUAUGUGAGCUCCUAGCUCAGACACUUUCGUGUCUGCAGCCAUCGCUACCAGCCUGUAUGGACUCUGCCCUGCAAGACAAUGCCCUUCUCAACCUCAUUGACCUCCGGCAGAUCACAUUGAGAUUCAUCAAAAGCUUAGAAGGUGCUAUACAAUCAGUGACAGACACACUAGUGGGCAGCCAUUUUGAAGACCUUGUUCAUGCUAUCCAUGCCCCUUACAUCCCUUAUUUGAUAAGGUACGGCUUCUACGAAGAAGAACACUUGGUACAAGAACUCUCAACUAUUAACAUGGAAAGACAGGACUUGAUAGACUGUGCACAGCUGCUAUCAGAUUCACUCAACAAGAUAUUCAAACUGACAAAUGAGGCUUCAGACAGGUGUACAGCUUUUACAGGAGGCUUUGGCAUGGCUGGCCUAUUAUCAGCUCUCAAAGCCACAUUCAGCUCGUACUGUCAGAAGUUUGACCGGAGCCUAGAGACUUUGAGGUCAGCCUGCGGCCUUGACCCAGUAAGUACUAAUGCCAUGGUGAUGACCUCUGCGGGGGCGGAGCUAGGGGAGGAUUGGAGCAAGUUCCAGAAUGCUCUCAAGAUUGUUCAGACAUGUGGUGAGUUAUUAUUACAGAGUGAGGAGUUUGAGCUUCAGCUGAGUAGCAGUCUCCUUCAUACAUGUAGUAGCUAUGACAUCCAAGUCUUCUCACCUACAUCACCAACUAAACCAAGUGCGUCACACAGCAGCUCUUUCAAGGAAUAUAAUUACUUAGCCAGAGAAGAUCCAGCGCAACAUGCUGCCUUUCAGGAACUUAUCCUCAAACUCAGAGAAGAUGAUGGUUCAUCUUUACUUCAAGAGCCGUUGGAAGCCAUGUCAAAGAUCACUGAGCAUGCUCACAAGCUUGCGUUUGGGAUCGUCUUCUUCCAGCUUCAACUUCAACUCUCGCAAGUUUCACAAAUGGAGGUUUGGACUGAUGAAGGAGGCAUGCUAUCAGCUGAUUUACCAACAUUCAGUUUAUCUCCUCAAGAAUAUAUCACCAAGAUUGGUCAGUAUUUGAUGACCCUACCCCAGCAGCUUGAGACGUGUACAAGCCAGGAUAACCCAGCCAUGGAGAAGGCUUUAGAAGCUAGUCAACUACCAUUCCCACCCUCACCUGGUUCUCCAGAAGUGGCGCAUCUAGCUGAUUACUGGAUUGGGUCUGUUGCCAGGGCAACCAUGCAUAUGUAUGUUGAGGUGAUAUUAAGGAUAAAUGAACUGACCCAACAGGCAGCAAGGCAGCUAUCAACAGAUAUAGAUUAUUUGUGCAAUGUAGUUGAUGCUCUUGGAAUCCAUCCAUCUCCGAAUCUGAAGCACAUUGAGGAACUUCUCAAGAUGCCUCUCUCACAGUAUGGUGAAGUGAAAGGAGUCAUCCCAGACAGAUUGAUGCAUGCUGUAGCCAGUAUGAGGAGUGGAGCAGAGUCCUAGAUAAAGCCCAACACAUCAUAAUCAUAAUAGCGAGUUUUCCCAACCGGCGAUGUGGCCUUCUACAAGGCUAAUCUUAGCGGGGGGUCGCACUCAGAGCACAAAUUUCCGCGUAGCGUCCAAACCUACGACAGUUUUCAGCCAUAUUAGCAUCGGGAGUUGAGCAAGUAUGGGGUGGCGAGCUCAUUUAAAUACCCCAAAAGACAGCACUUGCGUCGCCGUGCAAAAACUCGCUGUUAUAUCUAGGAAGGUUACUUGUCUAAAAGCCUGGUAUUCAGAAAAUCUCUAUCUUUAAAGUUUCUGUCAGGAAUGUUAAGUCUUGAAUCACAACUUUUGUUUUGCAUCUUCAGAAGCUUUUAAUCAGAGUCCUUCUGACAAAUAAAAUAAAUCUGAGAACCUUUGUUUCUGAAGUGCUAUGUGAUGAAGAAGUCUUCUUUUAUGUUAAAAAUAGUUUGCACAGAUUUCACAUAUAUUUAUUAAAUGCUUUUUAUAGAGACGAGUCAAAUGCAUAGUAUGAACUAAAUGCUCACUACUUUUGAGUGAUUUAAACACGUACCAGUUGCUACAGUACACAUCAAAUGUGUGACUGCCAUUAUAUGUACAUGCAUGUACAGGUAUUAAACCCAGUUCAUGUUUCCAGUAUAAAUAAUUCUUUUACUUGGUUUGCUAAUUAAACAUUCCCGUAUUGUAUUAUGUUGACACAUGUUGUAUUAAAUGCAGGCACAUUUCAACCCAAUUCUUUUAUGUAUUUUCACUAACUGCUAUUUUGCAAAAAACAGACUUCUAUGAAUGUCUUCCUAUCAUGGUAGAGUAUUAAAAAAAAUGUAAAAAUAGGUACAUUUUACACUGCACACACGUCCUGGAGGAUGCUCAAGGCGCCUAAAAGCCCUAAGAUUAUCCAUUCAUGGAAUCAAUGCCUAUCAGGGACUUAUUUACUUCACCUGGGUGGAGAGUGGCAAAUGUAGACUAAUGUCCUGCCAAA